ACGGGCAUGAAUUGUUUUCACAAAUAAAAGCGUCAUAUCAUAAUUUUUGCAUUACAAUACAAGAAGGCAAAGAGACCUUCUCUGCAAUCUGUCUUUCUCCCCUCCUAAAUUCUCCAAUACAAAGAAAAAGAAUCACAAAGAUCAUCAUCAAGAACUGAAAGGAAACAGAAGAAAAUGGAGGUGGAAGGUCAAGAUACAGCGAUAAACAUAACAGUGAAGUUCAGUGGAAGAUCCAUUCCAAUCUCUGUCUCUCUAGACUCCAAAAUCAAAGACGUCAAAUCUCUUCUGCAACCUCUCACCAACGUUCUUCCCCGUGGCCAAAAACUCAUCUUUAAAGGGAAGUUGUUGGUGGAUGGUAUGACUUUGAGGGAAUCAGAGGUCACAAAUGGGGCUAAGGUCAUGCUUAUGGCCUCUCAGGGCUUGCACCAAGGGGAUGGUCCAAUACUAAAAGAUGCUAAGACUCGACCGAUUUCAAGGGCUAAUACUAGUAGCAAUAAAACGGUGAAUGAAAAGAUUGGAGUUUUGUUUGAUAAGAACCGGGUUGAACGAUGGAAGGUUACUGGAGUUAUUGGACUGGCUGAAUGCAACUUAAAGGCAAUACCUGAGGAAGUGUGGACAUGUGGACCUUCUACAAGAGUCCUUGAUAUCAGCAACAAUUUUAUUGGAGAUGUACCAGCCCAAAUUGGCUGUUUAAGUUCCAUGCAGAAAUUUUUGCUCAAUGGAAAUGGUAUGUUGGAUGAAUGCAUUAAAUGGAAAGGACUAUCAUCUUUGAAGCAUUUAACAGUUCUGUCUGUCAGCCAUAACAAAUUAUCCACUUUGCCCUCUGAAUUGGGUGCUCUGUGCUCUCUGAGACAACUGCAUGUUUCAAACAAUGAGUUGAGUAGCCUCCCGAUGGAAAUUGGACUUCUCACCCAGCUUGAGGUUUUGAAAGUCAAUAAUAACAGAAUAAGCAACGUUCCUAUGUGUAUAGGGGACUGUAGUUCUCUUGCCGAGGUUGAUCUUUCAUCAAAUCUUCUGACAGAUUUGCCUGUUACAUUUGGGGAUUUGCUUAAUUUGAAGGCGUUGCAUCUAGGCAACAACGGGUUAAAAUCCCUCCCUUCUACAAUAUUCAAGAUGUGCCUGCAACUCUCAACUCUAGAUCUCCACAACACAGAAAUCACAAUGGACGUUCUUCGUCAGCUUGACGGAUGGCAAGAUUUUGAUGACCGCCGUCGUUCAAAACAUCAGAAACAACUGGACUUUCGAGUUGUGGGCUCUGCUGAGUUUGAUGAGGGUGCUGAUAAACUUUGAUGUUACAGCCCCGGAUUACAUUUUGAAGUGGUGGCAAAUUUCUGGAGUAAGAAGGGCCUGUUUAUAGAAUCAAGAAAUUUGCGAUUGAUUAAUUUUUUAUAAAUAGGCAAAGGAGGUUGUGAUUAUAUUCCGCAAAAGCAACGUAGGACUACCGUGUGUUGAAGGGCUAGUUUCUCUGAAUUGUUUGCGUGAUUGCAUCUCU